AUGGGGGCCAAAUUUAUUCUCGGCGCAUGUCUGUGGAUAUUCAGCCUCGUGUUCGCAGAAUCUACUGCGUUCGCCAACGGCAUCAAGCCCCAGUCAUAUGGUAUUGUCCUCUUUCGAGCAUUCGACACCUUGGAUGUCUACGCGCCUAUUGAGGUGCUCCAGAUGGUUUCCAACAUGCACAAGAUCGAUAUUUUCCUAAUUUCCGAGACCAACGACCCAGUUACCACAGCCCCAAUGUCAGCUAUGAUGAACCCAUACAACUCUUCUGUUUGGUACACGCUACCUACCGCACACACCUUUGAAACAGCACCUAAGGAAUUUGACGUCCUGAUUGUGCCUGGAGGUCCUGGCAUCCGGUCACCGUAUCUGAACUCGACGCUGAAGUAUAUCCGGGAGACAACCCCGAAUGCUAAGCAUGUCAUCACAAUCUGCACUGGCGCUGGUUUGGCCGCUCGAGCUGGAAUUCUGAAUGGGAAAAAGGCAACCACUAACAAGACAUCUUGGCCAAAUAUCAUCCCAUUUGGUCCCAAUACAACCUGGAUUCCCCACGCGCGAUGGGUCAUCGACGAGUCCGGCACACCCCCGAUCUGGAGCUCCUCGGGUGUAACAGCAGGACUGGACCUUAUGCUUUCGUUCGUGGAGACAUACUAUGGAAAGGAGAAUGCGACGUUUAUCGCGAAACUGAUGGAGUAUGAGAGACAUACGGAUCCGAGCUGGGAUCCUUUCGCUAGGAAUGAGACGACUGCCACUGCGGGCUCAAGAUGA